CAUAGGUUGUCAGAGAGUUAAAGAGCUUGGGACCAUAAUGACUAAAGUCCACUUUUUUGCCUUUUUUUUUUUUAUUUUAUUUUUUUAUCAAGCAGCCUGCAGAUAGAAGAUAUGCCUGAUCUAGAAGGACUAUAUUUAGCAAUUAUUGCUAAAGUAUACAGGGGCAACACAAUAAAAACAUUUAAAAUCUGUUCUAUAAGACAGCAGUGAUGUGCCGAAAUUUGAUUUCUUAGUACAGAAUGAAUCUACAUUCUGUAAUACAAGUUGUCACUGGAGGGUCAGAUGGAAUAGGCAGAGCAUAUGCAGAAGAGCUUUCAAAACUAGGUAUGAGCGUGAUCGUCAUCAGCAGAAAUCAAGAGAAGCUUGACAGAGCAGCCAGGAAGAUCGAACUCACUACAGGAGGGAAAGUCAAAGUAAUAGCUGCUGACUUCACCAAAGAUGAUAUAUAUGGACACAUUAAAGAAAACAUUGAGGGUUUGGAUAUUGGUAUUUUAGUGAACAACGUUGGGAUUCUGCCCAGCCAAAUACCCUGCAAGCUACUUGAAACAUCAGAUUUGGAAGAAAGAAUACAUGAUGUUAUCAACUGCAAUGUAAAAGCUAUGGUUAAGAUGUGCAGAAUUGUGCUACCAGGAAUGCAGCAAAGAGGAAGAGGAGUCAUUCUGAAUGUGUCUUCUGGCAUAGCCAAAAUACCCUGCCCCAUUUACACCUUGUAUGCAGCAUCAAAGGUUUUUGUUGAGAGAUUUUCACAAGGUCUUCAAGCAGAAUAUAAGGGAAUUAUUAUUCAGACCGUGGCUCCAUUUGGGGUUUCAACAUCAAUGACAGGACAUCAGAAGCCAGAUAUGGUUACAUUUACAGCUGAGGAGUUUGUGAGGAGCUCACUGAAGUAUCUGAAGGCUGGUGAUCAAACAUACGGCAGCAUCACUCAUACUAUAUUGGGCGGGAUUGUGCAGUCCAUUCCCACCUGGGUCCUGCAGAGUGAAGCGUUUCAGUAUUACUUUAAGAAUAUGUGAAGGAAAGGGUCAGAAGCUGAGAGUUGUCAUUCUCUAAAUAUGUAUACACUCCUGGGCAAAAAAUGGGCCAAGCCAAAAAUGGCUAAACACUAAGCUUUUAAUUCUCUUAAAGGGAUAGUUCACUCAGAAAUGAAAAUUUUGUCAUCAUUUACUCACCCUCAUGUUGUUCCAAACCUGUACGAGUUUCUUUCACAAAAGAAGACAAACGAAAAUAUUUUGAAGAAUGUUGGUAACCAGACAGUUGACAGUAACCACUGACUUCCAUAGUAGGCAAAAAAAAAAAAAACCAUGAAAGUCAAUGGCUACCGGGUUACUAAAAUUCUUCAAAAUAUCUUCUUUUGUGUUCAACAGAAGAAAGAAACUCGUACAGGUUUGGAACAACAUGAGGGUGAGUAAAAGAUGACAACAUUUUCAUUUUUGGGUGAACUAUCCCUUUAACCACAAAUUAUUGAUCAGGAAAUUAGCAAAAAUUUAAGCAAAUGCACUACUUAAAAAGCCAUUGCUGUCUCAGAAAAACAUUGUUAGACAGAUAUGAAGUUUUUGGCAGAAUAUGGGAAGUUGUAUAUGGAAUAAUGAAUCACAAUAAAACAAGAGUUGCAUAGUGAUGCUCCAGAGCGGUGUCUUCAAUAAUCUGCUGAGAAAUAUAAUUUUAAAUGCAUCUCUAUCACAGUGAAGCAUGGAGGAAGAGAUCUCAUCCUUUUUAGCUGCUGGUAUUGGUGAGCUAUACUUCACUGUGAAAAGUCAUUUAAUGCUUUGGAGAACAGGAGAAUAUUGUAGAAUGGCUUGCUUUCCACAAAUGAAAAGUUAUUAUCUAAAGAGGAAUGAUCAGAUGAAGAAAAUGGUCAUGCCUAAAUUGCAAAGACAACCAAGAAGUGGCUUCAGAACAAGUCUGUCAGGCUCAUGUUUUGGCCUGGUCAGAGUCCAGAUUUGAACCCUAUAGUGAAUAUUUGGUCUUGCAUUAAACUCAAAUGAACUGGGAGACAAUUUUCAACCACUCAUGAACUGUUUAAAGCCAUUAACAUUGAGUGGAACAACACUGACUCUUCCUGUAAAAAGCUGUCUGCAAGUUGGGAAAGGCUGUUCCAUGCUGUGACUUUAUCCACAGUAUUUGUGCAAUUCUUGCUAAUUUCCUGACCAGUGACUUGUAAUUAAAAUGGUUAAGACCAUUUAAAAACCACUAAAUAUUUUGGCAUUUUUGACUCGGCCCUUUUUUGCCCAGGACUGUACAGUAUUGAGCAUUUGAUACUUAAAACACCACAACUGUUAUGUCAAUUAUGACAAUACUGUAUGUAAAAAUACUAGACUGCAAAAGAAAGUGAGAGGACGAAACAACUGACAGGUCUCCAUCCACGGUCCUUCAAAAUAUUUUAUAUCAGUGUUGAUAAUGGAAUGUAAUAAUUAUUAAUCAUAAUCAUAUCAGUAGACAGGAGAUAGUUGAGCAGAACUGACCUUGAUAACAUUAACAGAAGGUCAGUCUCACAAAGGCCAAAUAACAGACUAAGAAAUGUGACCUUGUUUUUUGUCUAUAUUUUAAGAUUAGAAAAUGUUUGGUCUUAUUUAAAGAGCAUUUGAAAUCGUGUUUUCACUGGAAAGAUCCACAAAACACUUAAACAGUUUUUUGGCGCCACAUAGUGGUUAAAUGCACUUUCACGUGAUCUAUAAAGCUUGAAUGUACUUUUUUGUGUUGUCAUUAUCCCAUUAUUUUGACUUUUAUGUGAAUAAUCUCUCUGUAGCUGCAAUGAUAUGUGGAUAGCACUACAAGAACACACAUUUUUUAUUUAUAUGAUAUAUGGAUAUACCCUACAUAACAUAUUUUUGAACAAUUUCAAGAACAGAUACAAGUAAAUACAUCCCCCACCCCACCCAUUAGAAAUGAGGCAUCAGAGAGGGGAAAAUAGUUAAUUUCGCAUUUGAAGAACCAUCUGAGAAAUAAUUGGGCACUUUAAAACAUCUACUAUGAUAUAAUUACAUAUUAGCAAUAUACAAGAUGUUAAGGCUGGAAUACACUACACGAUGUCUUGUCCUGAUUUACAGUCUAUACGAGUCACCGCUGCCGAAAGUCAGAGUCAGUCUUCAGAUUUGAGUUGUCAAAUUUCACCGAAAAAUUAUUUUUCCAGUACCAGACAUUACACACUUCACCACACUGCACACUUACGGAUCUUCCUGAAGCAAAGUCACUGCAGCUAACUAAAAAACGAGCUGCUAGUUUUGUUUCUGUGACACUCUGCCAGCAGAGGGCAGAUUUUUUAUUCUGCAACCUGAAGCGCCUCACAUGGAGUGUGUGGACUCAGGUUUCAAAGAUCUCUUGAAGAUUCUAAGCAGGUAAAGGACACAGACAAGUGCAGUCUGAUGGGGGAUUUCCAUUUUAGAUGUAGUUCUUAAUAAAGCUGUUCACACUUGAGCAAGCUGUCUUGAUUGAAAUACAGUUGACAGGAUAACUAUCAGUUUCCACUCAUAUUAAAGGGGUUUGUGUUUUUACUACAGGGAAUUUCCACUGAUAAUUUAUAAUGCUCCUGCUUGUAACAGAAAAGACAUUUAUGUGGAAUAAGGCUAAGGCAAUAAUUAAAAUAAAAAAACACUGGGAAAUGUA